CCCCCGCCGCCAAGCUGCUCGCUGUGACACGGAUCAGGUGCCGAAACGUAGCCAUUUUGAGUCAAGUGUACGCCGGACGAACCGUUCCUCGAUCCACCACCGACACCCUCCUCACAACAGCCUUGAGCCUCACCGACUGUGAAUGCGGCUUGGACAGGCAUAGAAAUCGAAACAUACGGCCGUUGACGACGCAUCAGAAGCCGCGUAAUGGCGGGUGGCUUGCGCAAGUAUCACACUAAGAGUCGGAACGGCUGCAGCCAAUGUAAGAAACGAAGGAAAAAGUGUGACAUGCGAAUGCCCAAGUGUGGAAACUGCACGAAGUGGGGAACGACAUGCGAUUUCACAGCGUGGAGCGCGGCGGUUCGUCCGCUAAUCGAGAAGCAAUUUGCCGAAGCCCUGUCUACAGUAAACGCACUAGCCUACCCGAUGCCGUUGGCUAGCUUCGAUGCCGACGACCUGGGUCUGCUCCGACAUUACGCAACUACGUCUUCCCUUACUCUUGCUCCGAAGGACACCCUCGCCCUUUUUCAGGUCAGCGUACCGGGCGAGGCAAAGUCGCAUCUGUUUUUGAUGCACAGCGUUCUGGCCUUCUCUGCGCUGCACCUUUCUGUUAUCGAUACCCAUAACCGAGACCGUCACAUUCAGAAUGCGUUCAAACAGCAUCAAAAAGCUCUCGUCUCCUUUCGCGACUCGGUCAAAGAAGUCACUGUUGAGAACGGUGGGGCCAUUACCGCUUUCUCGUUCUUGAUUCUCGUAUACACCAUCGGUCUUCCCAUUGUUUUUGGUUUCGACGACGCGACCAAUCCACUGGACUCCUUCAUCGAUAUAUUACAUGUACUUCGAGGUGCAUGGGCUGCUCUUGGGCCGAGCAUGGCAGACGUUGAGAACGGCAACUUGCGAGAGCUGGUCAAACCACAGCCUAUCAAACGGAAACCCUGCGUGAUGCACGCCAUGGGUGCCAAGGUAGUUCGCUCCCUUAGCCAUUUUUUGGACACCUCAUCCAUCGUCGAAGACGAGCAUCGACAGACAUAUCGCGAGGCUCUGAUGCAUUGGGAGAGGUUCUUCAUGAACUCCCCAUGCAAGCCACCACUCUGGGCCAACGCUCUCGUGUGGACGAUGACUGCACCGCACGCCUACUUCAAACUUCUGCAAGAGAAACGACCAUUCGCACUGAUCAUCUUCGCGAACUGGGCCAUCGCGCUGAUAAGGGCCCCUAACAUGUGGUUCAACGCAUGGGCAAGAGAGGUGGUCGCUGAUAUCUGGCAAAUGUCCAGUAAAGAGACCCGGAGAGGGUUGAUGUGGCCCGCCGAGGUCUGCGGCAUCAUUCCGAAGAACUUCCAUCCUCCGGAUUGCGUGUGCUGGGAAUGUCGUGAGGGGGAUCCGUAUCUGGCGGUCCGCGAUUCGGCAGCUGCGGUUUUGGUGGACAGGUCACGGGGGGAUAUCCCGAGAGACAGUCCGGAGAGACAACUUCAACCCGUACAACCCUACACCAUGGUUGAGCAGCCUGCCUUCCAGAAUCUGAUGAAGGCGGUAUGAAACGCGUGAGAGUGCAGUGCUGAGACCAGAGUCUCAGAACAACGAGCCUAUGAAUUUUACCAUUGGGAUACGUGGAUGUUCCCAUACUUUUGCGCGAUGAAUGGAGUUGCCAA